GUCUAAUUGUUCACCAUUUUAGAUUGAAUUUAUCAUACAACGUGAUAUCAUACCACCAUCCAUGCUGCAAGCCGAUUUGGAUCUUUUCAUAUUCUUGUUUCAACGUACAUGACAUAGAUGCUACUCGUACGAUCCAGUUUCAGUAAGUCGUGACUCAUAUUAGUCAAAUCUUCCACGAGAUAUCAUCUGUUUUUUUUCCUCUGAGGUGACUUAUCACAAUGGCAUGUGAAUUCAGCUCAAUAGAGGGCGUCGUUUGUGAAGAAGCCGGCUGCGAAUCGAUUACUGACGUCACGUUUUAUGUGACGGAGAAGAAGAAACUCUGUCAUGACUGCGCCUUGAAGAAAGAACGCAUCGGAUUAGAAAGAAGAGGUCGGCUUGCUCUGUAUUGCGAAAAGCAUGAUAAAACCAUGGACUUGUAUUGUAAGACGCAUGGCGAAGGUUUAUGUGUUUCAUGCGCUAUGAUAGAUCAUCGCCAACAAGAAUGCAAACAUCAGGGUAUAAAGGACGCACUCCUAGAAAACAAAGCAAAGCUCAGCAUCCUCAAGAAGACUACGGUGGACAAAUUAGAGCUAUUCCAAGACUAUGGGAAUGAGAUUCAUCAGAUUAAACCAUUUGCCGACCACCAUCUUCAGACUAUUAGGAAUGAGAUCGGUUCCCAAGUAGAAAGGGCUAUUGAAAGAGACAGAGCUAGGGAGAGGGAAGACGCUGAUAAAAUCGACAAGGAAAUUGAUGCCAAAAGUGAACAACUUCAAGAAGAGAUUCAAAAGCUCCAGAAUAAAAUUCAAAAGAACAACGACGAAAGGGAGAAGCGGCAUGAAGAAAAUCGUUCGAAUUCAGAGAAAAGACGAGAACUAAUCAAGGAUAAACAACACAUUCUUCAUGCUGACAUUCAGAACAUCGCUCAAGAGAUCGAGAGAAAGAUUGGAGAGCUUGAAAAAGCAUGGCAAGACGAUACAAAAGCAAGAGAAAAAGCAAAAGAGAUACUGGUCAGGAUUCUUGAAGACGAUAUAAGUAUUGUGAAAGAUGGACAACGUGUGAAUGCAUCAUUGAGUGAGGAACUGAAAGAGCAACUGGAUGGGCGUGAGGUAGAAGAACUGAUUCGUGUUAUAUCAGGUGUGAGGUUUGUGGAGGGUGUUGGGAGAGAGAAGUAUGAUGGAAGAAUUGAUGGGUAUGAUGGAGAGUGGAAGCUCAUUGAUACAAUCAAUGUCAGAGAUAAAAUCAAUUAUCCGCGCAUUGUUGGGUGUGUAAAUAAAAAUCAGGUGAUGAUCACAAAUGGACCGGCUAGUGAAGAACACUGCAAUACCUACAUAUUAGAUUUGAACAGUAAAAACACCAAGAGAGUGAUCAUCGGUAAUCGAAUGUCUUGGGUUAUUACUUGUGCGGUGCUGAAUGAUGGCACGGUAGUAUGUGGUAGAUACAUCAUAGGUUGUACAGAAGACAGCCUACCUGGGUGCAUCAGUGUAUAUGACAGACAGUGGAAUCACAUCAGUGACGUCACAAUACCAAGAAACACAGUAAAUAAUUACACAUGGGUGGGUGUUGAAGCUGAUCCGAAUGGGACGAUCAUCGCAGCUGAGGGGAGUCAGUCUAAGAUUUAUGCCAUCAACAUGGACAACCCAGCUGAUGCUACCAUUAUCAAUACGAUCACGUGUCAAGAGAAGAUGAGAAUGAGCGGUGUGCUGUCAUCAGGUCACAUCAUCGCUCGAACUGCAUCAUUUGAUCGUAGAGUGCGCAUCAUUAACAGAGAGGGUGAUCAUAGGGAAAUCUCCCACACUGACGUCAUUUACAAUGUGUGUGUUGAUCGUAUGACAGACGACCUCUACGUCGUGACAUCAGAUGAUGAGUACAAGACGUGUGUGAUUGAUCAGGUGACGAGUGGGGGUGAUGUAAGAAAGAGAAGAGUAACAUCAUUCCCUUUAUCAGUUAGACUCACACGGGCUAAUAGACCAGCUCACAUUGUAGCGUCUCGAGUGACGAUGACGUCAUCGGGAAAUAUGCUUGCAUGUGAUGGCGAUAAUAUUCUCAUAUUCAAAAAGCGCUUUAUCCUUUAGAUCAAUGGUAUUAAUCACAAUCAUGCAAUCAUAAUAUUACUGAACAUGUAUGUUUCAAUUUGGAAAAAUCACGAGGAAGAAUGGUUAUGAUUUAUUUCAAACUUUGGUUUAUUUUGUCGAUCAUUAUACAUAAUCCUUAACAAUAUUCAAAACCAAAGCGCUUACAUCCAGGAACCUAGAUAUUUGAGAGGGAUGGGGGACUGGGAAAUGGCAUGGCAUGUGAGCUCGACAUCUAGAUCGUUAACACCAAUACAAGGAAGAAGAGGUAGAAUGAGAGUAAAUAUGGUAUUAUUUUGAUAGUAUUACCAGGGAUAAUGGGCUUGACAAUAAUUUCCUGACUAUACCGGAAUACUUUCUUUGUUUCAGUUAAUAUUAAUCAAACAUGUGAUUUGCAGAUCGCUUAAUAGGUUGAUCAUCGCGUUUCAUCGUGUAUUAUUCAUUUCAUUUUAUACCUUUGUAUGAAUACUUGUAUUCCUUAUUUACCAGUUCAUUUUGUAUCAUACUGGUUUUAAACGUUAUCAUUUUGCCCUUUAUACUCUACCACGUGAUGAUAAAAUGAAGCAUUUUUUUAAAUUCAGUGUAAAUAUCGUAAAAUAUGAAAUGUAUAGUUAAUAUAACAAUAGAAAAACGUACUAUAAUGUAUUCUUGUAAAUGGUUG